GCGACGCGGUCGCGAUUACGCGAACGUAAAACGAUGUAACGCGAUAAAAGCCAGAUAAAAGACACUCGCAAGUCUUCCCGGUCGCAAGGCGACGACCGCCGAAGAAUUAUCAGUCGUGCGCCGAUCGUUAAUUGCCGUGAAUGGAUAAUAGACGGCCGAUAAAAGGAAUAUUAUCAUCAUCGGUUCGCGCGACGGUGUCUCAAAAGUUCACGAAGAUACACCUGCGACUUUCGACACACAAGUCCGGAAGGAGUCACGGUAAAAAUCGCAGGCAGCUCAACUGAUUCAUCUAAUCGCAAUCGGCUAAGCAUUAAAAAAUGUACUAUCAAUCCAGAACGGACAUUCAUCAAGCUAAGAAGGAGAAGAAAAAUCGAACAUUUUCAUUAACCACGCCGAAGACAUGGCGACCAUUGAGUCCUGCAAAAUCAAGUCAACCUUCAAAAACAUAGGACGCAGGAACGUCGUUCCUAUAAUCCACGUUCGAGGAACGCAUUACGAAAUUGGCUUCGAUAUCGGACGCACUUUCGCCAAAAUUAUCCAGGAUUUUGUGGAUAUCUAUCCACCACUGAACGAAACCUAUCUACCGCUGUUUGCUACCGAGAAGGGCAAGAAUGUUUACGAAGAAACCCUUGGCGCGGUAAAGAAACAAUUUCCGCAAUACGUAAGGGAAAUCGAGGGAACGGCGGAUGGUGCAAAUAUACCAUUUCAUAAGCUGUUUCUGAUGCAUCUGGAUGACAUUAUUUCAAACGUCACGGUUGGAACACAGGAAAAUUCGCUUCCAGUCGGCUGUUCGACUAUCAUAUGUAAUCAACCAGGAUGUGAGAUUCUGGGUCAUAAUGAAGACGCUCUCAAGGAAACCUUGAAUCAUUGGUACCUGGUGAGCGCUCACGUAAUCGAAGCCGGCCAUCGGGAGGAGAAGUUUACGUCGUUGAGCUAUGCUGGUUUCCUGCCGGGCUACACAAUGGGCUACAACCAUCAUGGCCUCGUUUAUAGUAUUAAUACUCUUAGCGCCGCUGUCUUGCGAUCUGGCAAGACUCCGCGAUACUUCUUGACACGGGCGCUUCUGGGCGUAGAGAACUUUAUGCAGGCGCAGCAAACGCUGAGGAACGAGGGCUACGGCGCGGCGGAAGGCUUCUCAGUGAACAUGACAUUCCUCGCACAGGAAGGCGAUCGGAUGUUUCACAACGCCGAGGUGGGUCCGGCCGAGGUGGAUGCUACCAGAUCGCAACUCAAUAUCCUGACUGUCAGCCCGGGCGAAAACACGUCGCAUUGCAAUAAGUAUCUGCGUCUGAAGGUGGCAGAGGUGGAGGGAAUGAUCAUACAAAGCAGCAUCAAGAGAAUGAAGGCGAUCUUGAAGCAUCCACCGGCCGAAAGUCGCCAGGACGUGAUCGAUAUACUCAGUGAUCAAACGGAUGAUGAAUUUAGAGUAUAUCAGGAGAUCGGUAGCGACGAUCAUGUCAAGACAAUCGCCACCGGCAUCUUUGACUGCAUCGAAAGAACGUGGUCUAUUUACACGGAUAAGCCGAAGUGCAAUGAGCCGAUACUGGUAAUACCUAUGCAGCUUCGAGAUUCCGCGGUUUUGCAAUGCAAUAACGUGAAGAAAUAAUCUCUGUCGCGAUCAAAUUUCCACCAUCGUCGCUCGAAUUACGAAAGUGCAGCGUUCGUAUUAAUCUGACGUAAAGCUAUAUGCGUAUUCUUGAUUCGAUUUGUAGUAAUUACAUACGAAAAUUUGUCGCUCCUUAUUGUCAUAUAGAACCUCUACACUCUACAUUACUUUGUAAACUACACAUAAAUCGUCACGCGCAUAAUCUAACGCCAGUUUUACACGAUGUUAUAUACAUAUAAAUACCAUAUAUGUAACAUUAAUAAUUUUAAAUAAAAUAAGUAGAAAUACAUUUCCAAUCUUUUUACUCGUAAGAUAAAAUGUAAAAGUAACAAUGUAAAAAGUAACAAUGACUGAAUUAUAAAAAAAUAUCAAUACGAAAAACAAAAAAAAAUAUCAGAACCUAUUUAACAUUUAAAAAUAAACGUCACAUUCUAUAAGAUGCACAGUCUACUGAAUAAAUAAAAUUUUAUACGAUAUAAAAUCAUCGCACAUUAUGUCUCAUUUUUUUAAUUGAAGAAAAAUAACCAUAAAUUCUAUUAAUAAUCGUCGUUAUUAUGGCACAUAUUGGGCAAAGGAAAUAAAAGUGUUCGCCAUUGUG